GGCUGUGAAUAUGCACGUAGAGGGUAACAUAAGGUCUGGGUAAGGAUUCUCUCUUUAAAGCACAUCAGCUUGGAGGGCUGUCAGAUCAAGAAAGACGUGACACUGCAGGAAUUCUCAGACACUUCUGCAAUGGCAGUGGAUCCACUGAGAAUGGCUAAUGAGACAAGGUGGUUUGUUCCCCCAAAUGGUGUCAUGCCCAACAUAAUCCAUGCAGGCCAGGUGAUUCCUGGGUUUGUGAUCCAACCAGGAAUGGCAACACAGUCUGUAACACAGGAAUUUAGAAGCCAGAACAAUCAAACUCAGCAAAACUCUCAGGUGGGGGUAUUGGAGAAAUUUCUCAAAAUGGAGACCAAGACUUUGGGGGCCAUUCAGAUUAUGAUUGGAUUGAUACACAUUGGAUUUGGGGGUGUCUUAGCUGUUAUUUUUAAUAUCCACUACUAUGUAUCAUUGACCACCAUUUCUGGCUAUCCCUUCUGGGGUGGGCUUUUUUUCAUUGGUUCUGGAUCCCUUUCUGUGUCAGCUGAAAAAAAUCUGAGCCGUUGCUGGGUGAAAUACACUGUGGGAAUGCACAUCACAAGUGCUGUCAUGGCAUUAAUUGGUGUGAUCUUGUAUAUAUCUGAGAUGGCUGCAAAUCCAGACUAUGAGUCUACAAAAUGGCAUAGAACCUUAGGGAUUGCUCUUGGUACUGUUCUCCUCUUGUUCAGCUUUCUAGAGUUCUGUAUCGCCACUUCAACUGCACAUUUUGGGUGUAGGGCAGCCUGCCAUAGCAAUGACCAGGUCACAGUGGUUGUGCCAUAUGCUGUCAGUGGAUAUAGUGUGGCUCCUGCUGAAGUCAAUCCUGCUCCUCCAGUUUAUAAUAAUGUGGCUCCUUCUUCCUAGAGAGAAAGAGGUUGAGUCAUCAAGAAACCAAGAAAGAAGUUAUAGAAAAUAUGUUCACAAUUUGAGCAAUCCAGCUGUCCUAGAAGCAAAUCUUAUCAGUGUCCUUCAGUGUUUACAAAUACAUAAAU